AUGGCGGAGUGCCGAGCGCCGAACGCUCGCUGGUUCUUCACCCGGGAGCAGCUGGAGAACAGCCCGUCCAGGCGCUGCGGGAUGGAGGCGGACAAGGAGCUCUCCUACCGGCAACAGGCGGCCAACCUCAUCCAGGACAUGGGCCAGCGCCUCAACGUAUCCCAGCUGACCAUCAACACUGCCAUUGUUUACAUGCACAGAUUCUAUAUGCAUCAUUCUUUUACCAAAUACCACAGACACAUAAUGUCUCCUACUGCGUUAUUCCUGGCUGCCAAAGUGGAGGAGCAGCCUCGUAAACUUGAACAUGUCAUCAAAGUGUCUCAUGCUUGUCUUAAUCCACUAGAUCCACUGCUGGACACAAAAAGUGACGCAUACCUACAGCAAGCGCAAGAGCUGGUUAUACUUGAAACUAUACUGCUACAGACCUUAGGUUUUGAGAUCACUAUUGAGCAUCCCCAUACAGAUGUCGUCAAAUGCACCCAAUUAGUGAGAGCAAGCAAGGAUUUGGCACAGACCUCCUAUUUCAUGGCUACCAACAGCCUUCACCUCACUACAUUCUGCCUUCAGUACAAGCCCACUGUAAUCGCAUGUGUUUGCAUUCACCUGGCCUGUAAGUGGUCCAAUUGGGAGAUACCUGUAUCGACCGAUGGCAAGCAUUGGUGGGAAUACGUGGACCAAACGGUUACAUUGGAAUUGUUGGAUGAAUUGACACACGAAUUCCUGCAAAUACUCGAGAAAACACCUAGCCGACUGAAAAAGAUUCGCAACUGGAGGGCCACCCAAGCUGCAAGAAAGCCCAAGGCAGAUGGACAGCUUGACAACUCUCUCCUUAACUCUUCUUUAGUCCCGAACUCGAUUUUGGUGGACCCUGUAGCUGGUAUUGGUUCAAGCGCCACUUUUCCCAAACCUUCAACAUCUGCAUUUCCAGCACCUGUGGCCCUGAACUCAGGAAGCAUGCCCAUUCAGGCAGCCCUUAACACUGACGAACUGCCAAUAUUAGCCAUGCCUGGUACGUCCUACACCAUAUCAUCCCAUCACGAAUGGCCUCAACACCAGGAACAGCCUAGAAAUGAUCAAACAUACAACCAGAAGCAAGAUGGUUCCCUUUCUACAGCUCAGUACAAUAUGGCUCAACUCCACCCUGUUUUACAUCAUCGAUCUGAGAAAGGUUCUGAGCAUGUGGUGAAGCAGGAACACGGUCACAAGACAUCCAGCAACAAACACCACGGACAGAUUUAUGCUCCACCUGUAACAUUGUCCCAUAAAAUGUCUCUGGACAAGUACAGAGAGAAACGCAAGCUUGAGUCUGUCGAGAUUGAUGUUCGUGAUCAGAUCCCAACUGGUCACCUCGAUCAGCCGCAACUGUCGCAUAAAAAACACGCGCAAAUUCCUGGAGGCAGCUCCGUCACCUCCCCUAUCAAAAUGAAAAUUCCGAUAUCUACCACAGAGAAGACCGACAAACAUUCUUCCGACAAAAAGGAUAAAAGCGGCUCCCUUAAGUUGCGGAUUCCCAUCCCCCCAACGGAGAGAGGCUCCAGCAAAGAGGACUUGAAAAUGAAAAUAAAAGUCUCUUCCGCAGACCGACACAGCUCAUCUGACGAGGGCAGUGGCAAGAGCAAGCACUCAAGCCCACAUGUGAGCAAGGAACACAAAGACAAGCACAAAGAGCAUUCUUCCAAUCGGCACCAUAGUAGCAGCCACAAGCAUUCCCAUUCACACUACAGCAGCGGGAGCAACAACAGCAGCAAUAAACUUUGCAUAGAUGGGAUGCCAACGACUGUUUUACGAAGUCCCGUUGGUGUGCCCAACGAUGGUGGUACCUCGAGCUCCAGCUCCUCAAGGAAGAGGCCGCAUUCCAAUGACGCCUCUUACAACCACCACACCAAAAUGAGCAAAAGUUCCAAAAGUUCAGGUAGUUCUACUAGUUCUUCCUCUGUUAAGCAGUAUAUAUCCUCGCACAACACUGUUCUUAACCAUCCCUUACUCCCUCCUCCCCCUGUCACAUACCAGGUGGGCUACGGGCAUCUCAGCACCCUCGUGAAACUGGAAAAGAAGCCAGUGGAGACCAACGGCCCUGAUGCCAGUCACGAGUAUAGUGCAAACAGCCAGCAUAUGGACUACAAAGAUGCAUUCGACAUGCUUGAUUCGCUGUUAAGUGCCCAAGGAAUGAACAUGUGA